GCCGCCGCCGCCGGCGGUCUUUGGUGUCCCCGUGAGCGCAUAGCCUGCGCUCCGCGCCGCGCAGUGCCGCGCGCUGGCUGCAGCUCGGGGGCUCGUGGUGCCCCUGACUCCCGUUCUGGGCGAUGGUGCGGCCUGAGGCCGCCUCCAUCCCCUGCCGCCGCUGACCCAGGUCCUCCACUCCAUGGCCGCCUCGGCGCCGCCCCCACCGGACAAGCUGGAGGGAGGUGGCGGCCCCGCACCGCCCCCUGCGCCGCCCAGCACCGGGAGGAAGCAGGGCAAGGCCGGUCUGCAAAUGAAGAGCCCAGAAAAGAAACGAAGGAAGUCAAAUACUCAGGGCCCUGCAUACUCACACCUGACAGAGUUUGCACCACCCCCAACUCCCAUGGUGGAUCACCUGGUCGCGUCCAACCCUUUCGAGGAUGACUUCGGCACCCCCAAAGUGGGGGGUGCAGCCCCUCCGUUCCUUGGCAGCCCUGUGCCCUUUGGAGGCUUCCGUGUACAAGGGGGCAUGGCAGGCCAGUUUACGCCUUCCCUCUAUAAGCUCUGGACGACGGGAAAGAGAUUGAGUUCACUUGAAGUCCAGUUUGCUAGGACCUCAGUGACCCACCAGCAGGUGGCAGACACAGCAGCCUCAGGAACCUCAGCAGCUAUGGCCUCCUGCCCUGACUCGGAUAAUAGCUGGGUGCUUGCCGGUGCAGAGAACCUGCCUGUGGAGACCCUGGGCCCAGAACCCAGGACAGACCCUGAGUCUGAGAGAGCUCCCCAGGUGUCUCAAAGCCCCUCCAAGGAAGAUGGUGAAGAAUUAGCUGGGACCUUGGAUGGAGAAGAGAACUUCUUCCAGACGGAAAGCCCCCAGACUAGUCCCACUGUGCCUGAGGAGACUGAGGCCAAGGUCGCUGUGGGAGGAGAUGGUCCUGAUGUGGAGUCCCCUGGCCCAGGAGACACAGUGGUCCAGGGAGACUUGCAGGAGACUUCCAUGGCAACAAGCCUGGGCCCGGACACACAUGACCUGGACGACCUACAGAGCCUGCCCUCCAGCCCCAGAGCAGCUUGGAUUAGGGAGGAGGGCCGCUGCUCCACCAGUGAGGAUGACACUGACGUGGACACGGAGGGUCUGCGGAGACGAAGGGGCCGCCAACUCAGCCCACCUCAGACAGUGGCAGCCUUGGGUGUGGAGGACCAGGCCAGGGGUGAGGUUGCCAGCGGGGAGCUGGGCAUCUCACUCAACAUGUGCCUUCUUGGGGCCCUGGUUCUGCUGGGCCUGGGAAUCCUCCUCUUCUCCGGUGGGCUCUCAGAGUCGGAGACUGGGCCCAUGGACGAAGCAGAGCCUCAGGUCUUCCCUGAUGCUGGCUCCAACACCGAGUUGGUGGAUGCUGUGGCAGAUGGGCAGGAUGGACUAAGGGAACAGCUACAGGCCUCAGUUUCUACUGACAGUGUGCCCAGCCUGCAUAACAUGGGUCUGCUGCUGGAUAGGCUGGCCAAGGAGAACCAGGACAUCCGGCUGCUGCAGGCCCAGCUGCAGGCCCAGAAAGAAGAGCUUCAGAGCCUGAUGCAACAGCCCAAAGGGCUGGAGGAGGAGAAUGCCCGGCUCCGGGGGGCCCUGCAGCAGGGCGAGGCUUCCCAGCGGGCCCUGGAGGCAGAGUUGCAGCAGCUGCGGACCCGGCUCCAGGAGCUGAGGGCUGACUGCAUCCAGGGCCCAGAUGGGGUGUGCCUCAGCCGGGGCCACGGCCCACAGGGUGGCAGGCUCACCACAGAGCAAGGCCACCAGGGCCAGGAGCCGGGAUCCGACUUCCUAGAGGAGAAGGCAAAGCUGGAAGAGGAGGCCCAGGUGCUGAGGAGGGAGCUGCAGAGACAGCGGCAGCUGCUGGGCUCCGUGCAGCAAGACCUGCAGAAGAGCUUGCUGGCUGCUGGCCGAGGGGACUCCGCUCGUGCUGGCCUGGCUGAGCUGGGCCACAGAUUGGCCCAGACGCUGAAGGGCCUGGAGAACUGGGGCCCGGACCUUGGGGUCCCUGCCAAUGCCUCGGAGGCCUGGCAUCAGAAGCCCCGAUGGGCAAGAAAGGAGAAGUGGCACGAUGGGCAGAGGAACAGGAAGGCUGAGCACUGGAAGCAUAGGAAGGAGGAGUCUGGCUGGGAGAGGAAGAAGAGCUUUGGGGCUGAGGACAGGGAGCUGGCAGGGAGGUGGAAGGAGGACAAACCAAAGGGGGAGCGGUGGGGAGGCCAGAAGGGUGGGAAACGACGGGACUCCAAAGACCCUGCAUGGAAAAGUGGGAGUCACCACUCUGGAGAAAAGCAGAAGCAUCCCUGGGGGAGAGAAGGGGCUGAAGACAGUCAUGACUCCCAGCCCCCCUGGAAGGAGCUGUUGAGGCGCAAGUACAAGGCACCCCAGGGCUGCUCAGGUGUGGCUGGAUGUGCCCGGCAGGAGGGCCUGGCCUUCUUUGGCACAGAGCUGGCCCCAGUGCGGCAACAGGAGCUGGCCUCUCUGCUGAGGACAUACCUUGAGCAGAUUCCCUGGGCUGGGCAGCUGGCCAAGGAGCUACCCCUCUCGCCUGCUUACUUUGGUGAGGAUGGUGUCUUCCGGCAUGACCGCCUGCGCUUCCGGGAUUUCGUGGAUGCCUUGGAGGACAGCCUAGAGGAGGUGGCAAUGAGGCAGACCGGUGAUGACGAUGAGGUAGAUGACUUUGAGGACUUCAUCUUCAGCCACUUUUUGGGAGACAAAGCACUGAAAAGAAGGUCAGGGAAGAAACACAAGCACUUUCGGAGCCCUGGAGUUGUGGGGCCCAGGGAGGAGCACAGCCAUCACCCUUACCACUACCACCGGGGCUGAGCCCUGCGUGUGUGGGCACAGCCUUGGCUCCAUGAUCAUGGCAGUAUCUGACUCUUGGCUUCAAUGGACCAUUCAGCUGGCCUCUCCUGGCUUGCCUGGUGCCCUUGGGUAUCCUUCACAGAGGAGCGUGGAGCACCCAGCCCUGCACUGAUAUCACCUUCUGUGGAAGAGGCAUUAUCUGGACCUGCCUGCUGUUUAUGCAAAUGUGUGCAAAUGCUGAGGGCCCUGGGCACAGGUCCUGCAGCCCGAUUGUGAGGGCACUGCACCAGCCCGUGUGAAGUGGGGAUGGGAGGGGGCCCUGUUUUCAGGCAUUCUGAUUCUGAAGCCAGAGAGCUUUCACUCUCUUCUGUGUGCCUCCCGCUGUAUACGCUGACCCAGCGCCCCCUGGGACUGACUAGAGUCGCUGGCAGGAGGCCCAGCACCAGGGCUUGCUCUGGGGUUUUGUUAGAUUUGGAAGCAGCUGUCCCUAGAGGGUGAAGUCCCUUUCCCCUUGCUUCUCACGUGGCCUAACUUCACCAUGUGAACUGCAGGCUCAUGGCAGGGGUGUCUGUGACCCGGCAUCAGCCUUUCUCCCUGCUCUCUCCCCCGCCUGCCCUCUCACCAAGCCCAGGCGCUCUGGGCUGGAACUUACUCAGUGCUCACAGCUGCCCUGCCCGCGCCCCUAGGAGAGGUAGAAGAGUGGGUAGAAGAGAGCCUUGGCUUUGGAGUGUGAGCCUUGGGCCCAACUCUGGGCCAAGUGAUCAUGGGCAAAUUGAUCUCUGUAACCCUUGGGUUUCUCAUCCUCCAAAAAGGGGAUCAAAGGGCUGAGAAAGAGAUUAAAUAAAGUGAUAGCUGUCCUGGUUUUGGCACUCAAA